CAGAUCGGAACCCCUCACUACUCUUACUUUUCCCACUAUGGCUGGUAGGAUAAGGUCCAGUCUUCCCACCCCCUGCAUCCUUCGUCUUCCUCCCCUUUCCUUCCUCCCCCCACUAGCCACUAGCGCUUCUGCCCUAGCCUGGCCUGCAGAAGUAGCCUACGUGUCACCUCCUCAGCAGUCCUUCCACACACAGCUCCUGCCUCACCUCAGCCACCCACAGACAAGGAGGGGCUCCCUGGGUGGGCUCUGCCCACGCUGAAGUGUCCUCUGUGAACCCAGGCUCACAGCCCGCUCUCCUGAGGGCCUCUCUGUUCAUCUGUCCCCCUGACAAUGCUGUGAGCCACGAUGGCCAGGACCAGGUCGAUUCUGUUCCUCACGGUCCCCUCCCGCUUCAGCGCACCCAGUUGCUCUGUGGUCGUCCGUUGAAUGGAUCAGAAGCCCUCAUAGGCCUUGCAGAGGAGUCAGAAGCCCCGUGGGUCCUAAGAUGGGGCCGCCUCUCUGGCCGCUCACACCCGCCGGACUCCCACUGGCCGCGGAGCCUCGGCAAUUAGAAUCCCGUCACCGGGGCGCCUCCUCCUUCCCCCGUGCUCCCGCUGCCUCCGCCCCUCCCUUCCACUCUCCCGCCCUCCACCCGUUCUUUGUCUCCCGCCUCGCCGCCACGCGCCCCCCGCGUUGCCUCUUCCCUGGGGACCCCCGCGGAUCCCCGCAGAAGCGACGCUACGAGUAUCUGCCUGCCGGGCGGGGGACCCCCGCGUCCAGCCGGGCCUGGCGGAGCGGGAGGUGGUUCCUCUCCUUCUCUCUCUCUCUCUCUCUCUCCCUCCCCCUCCUCCACUCUCUCUCUCAGACACACACACACACACACACACACACACACACACACACACACACACACGCACGCACACACGCACGGAGCAUCCUCCCCGUCAGGUCUCCUGGUCCUGCCCCGCCCGCCUCGCCUCCUGCUUCCUGCAAACCUUCUCUCUCCGAAAUACCCACCCCGCCGCGUUUCCUCCGGCUCCAGGACCCCGCUCGCUGACCCCUACCCCUAUUCCUGGGAUGGAGCCUAUGGAGCCAGCCCGGAGCCCCCCGCGGCCGGGGUGACAGCCCCCCACCCCCUUACCCCUCUCCCACCUGGUCCCUGCCCCAAGCACCAUGGGCCUGAGGGGUUUCCGAGGCGCCAGACGCUGAAGAUGACAGAUGCUGGAGGAAUUGGGAAGUUUGGGGAGGAAGGAGUGGCCUGCAAGAGUUAGAGCCCAUAGUGUGUCCAGAGAACAAGUUCAUCUCCACCUUGUAGUGCUUACCUGGUUUGAAUCUCUCUCGAGUCAUGGCUUCUUCAAAGCUCCGAGAACCUGUGGAUGAGGUUUUUGACCUGGACUUGGCAGUGCCAGAAACCGUCAGACUGGACAGCAGUUUACACAAGGCCCGGGCCCAACUACUGGCCAAGGGCCGGAGACAUCGGCCCUCUCGCUCCAGGCUUCGGGACAGUGCCAGCUCUGCAGAGGAUGGUGAAGGCUCCGAUGGGCCUGGAGGCAAGGGAACCGAGGGCUGCGGGAGCCCCCUGCACCGGCUGCGCUCGCCUCUGCACUCGGGCCCGGGGUCCCCAGCAGGGGGCUCCUUUUGCCUGGAGCCCCCGGGAUUGCGGCGCAGCCUGGACGAGGACGAGCCGCCGCCCUCACCGCUCGCACGCUACCGACCCCUGCACAACGCCGCCUCGCACGAGGGUCUGGCCGCCGCCUCCUGCUCGCCGCCCCGCUCCGCGGCCUCGUCCGACAGCUCGCCCAGCUUCGUGCGCCGCCACCCUCGCGCCGAGCCGCACAGCGAAGAUGACAGCCGAGAUGCCAGCCCACCUGAGCCCGCCAGCCCUACCAUUGGCCUGGAUAAGAAGACUCGCCGAAAGUUCCUGGACCUGGGGGUCACCUUACGCCGAGCAUCCACUAGCAAGAGCCGGAAGGAGAAGGGCAGCAACCGUCUGUCCAUGGGCAGCAGGGAGUCGGUGGAGGGGUCCGGCAGGUCAGGGGGCUCCCCGUUCCUGCCCUUUUCCUGGUUCACAGACAGUGGCAAGGGCUCCGCAUCUUCUGGCAGCACCACCUCCCCGUCCUGCUCCCCUAAACGCGAGGGUUUCAGCCCUAAGAAGUCAGCUUCUCAGGAAUCCACCCUGAGUGAUGAUUCCACACCCCCCAGCAGCAGCCCCAAGAUCCCAAGUGGUCCCCGGCAGGCGGCCAAGUGUUCCUACCCCUACCACACUCUGUCCCAGUCUUCCGAUGAGUUUCUGGAUGAGCCUCUUCCCACCGUCUACCACUGGACCAGUCAGCAGGUGGGCCAGUGGCUGCAGAGCCUCAACCUGGAGCAGUAUGCUGCUGAGUUUGCCGCGCGGCAGGUAGAUGGGCCGCAGUUACUGCAGCUGGAUGGAAGCAAACUGAAGAGUCUGGGGCUCAGCAACUCGCAUGAUCGGGCGCUGGUGAAGCGGAAGUUGAAGGAGCUGGCGGCGGCUGCUGAGAAGGAGCGCAAGGCCCAGGAGAAGGCUGCGCGGCAGCGUGAGAAACUCCGGCGCAGGGAGGAGGCCAAGAAGAGCUAGGGAGACGGGAGGGCAGCCACUGGCCCCAGCAUGAAGCUGCUGGGCUCUGCGGGCACAGGCCGUCUUAGGAGGCGGGGCCUGGGCACCAGGCUUGGGUUGGCCUGGCUCCAUGCUCUCAGGAGGAACAGCCCUCACCCUGUCAUCUGUCUGGACCCAGAUCCCUCAGAAAGAGAGACCCAGGGGAGAGGACCCAGUAAUAAAUCCCCUUGCAAGGACUUUUUGGCACAAAGUUCCUGGGGGAAGUGGCAGAUUAUGGGCAGAGAGGCCAGGGCUGAAGCAAAUCAGGGAGCCCAGAGGUGCCUGAGUGAUUCUGACCCUGUUCCCUCAGGCCAUGGGGGUCCUGGGGCUGCCAGUGAACUAGGAGGCCUGCGUACUUUCCAGAGGCCCUGGGCUCAGGAGAGAUGGGCUGAGCCUCUCUGCAACAGCAGGUGGAUAAAGUAGUUCCUUUCCAGCUCUCCCAGGUGACUGCAUGUUGAGAGAGCUCUGCAGGAGGCUGGUGGGCCUGCAGCAAGUUGCACUCAGAGCAGACUCCUAGUCUGCACUCCUCAACAGGAGAGGAGAAAGCAGCACGAUUAUCUUGUGUCAUCUUUGCAAGGGCUUUAGAAGGAAGGCAGGGGUUUCAGUGGUAAAAUGAUGCCCUUGCAGGUCUGCCCCUCCUGAGGCCCAAAGCCUGGGUUUUGACCGACUCUCCAAGUUGGGCCCACUUCUGCUGCUCCUGCAGAGGCCACCUGGACCCUCCCUGAAAGAUGGCAAACUUGGGGACUGGUGGGGACAAAUGACACCCCCAUCAAUGCCUAGAUGGCCCUUAACUGGUGAAUCCUCACCUCAGCCAGGCAGAGAGGCAAAAUCUGGGAGGCCCCCUGAAAGCUGCUAAAUUGAAAAGGUUCAUCAGCCCUCCCCGGCCUGUCCUGGUUCUUAACAGGAUCUCGGUGGGCUCCAGAACUGGCAGACAGGAGGGGUGGGGCCCGCUCCCUGGGUGGGGGUGGAAGCCAUCCCAGCAGCCUAGGGAAGAUGUCUGUCCUUCUAGGGUGAGUGUGUCCAGUGUCCAGGCAUGGUGCUGGCCAGCGGCUAGCCCAGCCUUUGCAGCACUGGCCAGAGUUAGCAGUAAGGUCAGAGGCCUCAGACAAGAAACCUUCCUUCACCUCCUCCCACCAGCCUGGAGCAGCAGACAGGCCCCCAUAUACACCCACUCCCCUCAAUCCAGCCCAAGGGCUGUGGCUGUGACCCCUGUUCUCUGGGUCUUAGUUCUUUUUUCCUUUCUGCUGUCUGUGCUGGGAGAGGGGCUUCAGAAGGGGGACUGGACAUGGGGGCACUAGUACCACCUGGGCCCCAGAGGGGCUGGUGGGGAGGAUGGAAAGCUCCCAAGUCCUUGAAGCCAUCAGGAGCUAUCUGGGUGCCCACCUGCAUGUGAAGGGGGAGGCGGUACUUAGUUUCUUUCAAUAAACACUUACGACGUGCCA